AGCUUCAUGAGAAGUUCCGUCUCGCUCUGAAGUAUGAUGUUACGUGACGGGUGUGUAAUACAUUAGUUGUGAACUGUUCCCUACACUUCCAGUGCACACCAUGACGUUCCUCUCGGUUGUUGGAGCUCUGCUGUACGUCGCCGUAACCUUGACCAACGGUUGCUUCGUGUUGGCCCCAAACAGAAUCCGUCUGGACUCGAACGAGACCUUGGCGAUUUUCGUGGAGGGACAAGAGCAGAAUGUCGUCGUCACAGUGAUGGUUUAUCCUCUGCAGAAGAAUAAUUUUUUUACCUGGAGAGGAAACGUCACAAGCGGCACGCCACAGGUGAUCGAUUUCGUUGUGAAAGAAGAAUACUUUCCUGAUUUAGAGCAGGGCUCCGACUCACCCGCGGAAGUUCUUGUGAAAGCGCAAUGUGGCACCCUACCAACGGUCGGAGCACAUCUGGUGGUCACGCAAGAAUCAGCCAACAACAUUUUUAUACAAACCGACAAGCCCGUCUACCGUCCUGGGGAGCAGGUAAACGUGCUGAUAAUAUCCUUGGAUGGACGACUGAGGCCGCUUCACAAGCCCUUUCUAGUGGCGAUAACGAAUCCUCACGGGCACACGGUUGAAGAGAAGGAACUGCGUGCGGAGGAGUUAAACCGCCCGGUCAUCGAUCUUCCACGGACUGCUAUCCUUGGGACUUGGUCUGUUGUUGUAAGAAGCCGACGUCUGACCCGCGUACUGGCCACAAAAUCCUUCAAGGUUGACAAAUACGUACUUCCUCUGUUUACCGUGAAGACAGAAGGAAAGUGUUCUUACAUAUUGGACAACACGGCUUCCUUACAAUACACUGUCAGCGCUAAAUUUGCUGACGGAAGAAAUGUUGAUGGAAAAUUCUCCUUUCGGUUUGGCACUAAGGGCGACGGAGACAAGACUCGAUGGAUUACGGCAGAUUCUUCCCCAACAGCGCUGAAUGAAUCAGGGAUUAUAAUUACUCAAGAACAGCUAAAGAAUAACCACACAGCUGAUGAAUGGCAAGCACUAUUUAGGGACCGAAAGAAGUUGGUCUUUGAAGCCACGGUCACUGACGGAGCCACUGGAGUCAACGGCAAACACUCCCACGACGGAUGCAUCUUUACGAAGAGUCCAUUCGUUAUAUCGUUUGGAAAGAGCGUACGGACGUACAAGCCCAGGAUGAAAGUCUACGUUUUGGUCGAGGUAUCGUUCCCAGACGGCAAACCAGCUCCGAACAUCAGGCUACAGGCCACGGCUAAGAAUGCAGCACUUGAUAACAACACAGCUCACACGGAUAAAGGAGGACAGGCAACAUUUCAGCUACACAGUGACUCGAGGAGCACCAUCACCGUCACGGUAUCAACGGCAGCGGAACAUUUAUCGGAAGAACAACAAGCCAAGGAAAGUAUCGAGAUAAAACCAUACCAGGUGUCAUCGAUCGGUUACUUAGCCAUCGAACGACGGGAUCCAAGAAAUAUCCCCAAAGUUACCGAGACAUAUAAGGCUGUUCUCGCCUUGCAGCCUACGAACUGGAAUCCGCCGAUAUAUUAUGUGGCGACUGCUAAAGGACGCGUCGUUAAUGCUGGGAUGGUGACCCACUCAUCAAACACAACUGAGCACAGCUUUCAAAUCGUGAUAAAGGAAGAAAUGGUGCCAAGCUUCCGUGUCGUUGUUUUCUCAAAACUGGCAGAUGACACGAUUGUCACAGAUAGCGUCUACAUGAAAGCGGAGUCCCACUGUGGGGACUGGUUAAAGUACUCUCUCGAUAGCAACGCAGUGGGGUUUACAUUUGGAGGACCUGAAGGAGCGGUCGUCACACUGGUAGGCGUCGACAGCAUGCUAUUACAUCACGGUAACCACCUUAUGACAAAUGAAAUGCUUUCCACUGCUUUGGACACAAAAGACCUGGGUUGUGGCGUAGGAGGAGGAACUGAUGCGGACGAAGAUUUUCUCAAAUCAGGGGUCUUUCUGCUCAGCGAAAAGACUACAGUCAGACAUGAUAUAUUGUGCCAACACAGGCAGAGAACGAAGCGGGAAGCUACUUGGUAUGAUGAAGAGGACGACGACAUGAGCUAUAUUGGCCUGAGGAGAGAUAUCAGAGAGAUGUUUAUAUUCGGUACCACUACAAUUCGGGGAGGACAAGGUACAUAUACAGCAUCUUUCCCGGAUGCUGUAACCACGUGGACGGUCGGCGCGAUCAGGGUUUCUCCAGAGGGUGGUAUUUGCGUUGCUGGACCGCUACAGGUUAAAACUGCGAUGGGCAACAUACUACUUGACAUCAGAGUGCCUUACUCAGUGAUGAAGAACGAGCACAUUCAGCUCCCCGUUACAGUGUACAACAAAGGCAAAACAGAAGCUAAUGUGACAGUUUUUCUGCACAAAACUCCUGGAAUCUGCACUAGAACAAGUGGAGGAAGUCGCUCGGACAAGAUGAACCUGACAGUCCCUUCUGGCAGAGGAAUAACAGUUAUUUUUCCAAUGGCAGCCAUCGAGACCGGUCAGGCAACGAUCCAUGCCACAGCCACAUCGCAAGGAAUGGACUCAUUGAUGCUCCCCUUACGUGUAGAGCUCCCAGGGUUGCCGCAAACAAAAAGCAAAAGAGUGGUUAUUGACCCGAGAAACCAAAGACGAAGGAAACACUUGGCUAUUUCCACCCAACUGUACACUGAUGAGAUCUACGAGAAUAAGACACAACGUGUUACUAUUACGUCUUCGUUCGCUGACCAGGCAGUGCCAGGAACGCAGAAGUAUGAAAUAUCUGUAAUUGGAGUCAAACCGGUGCCAGUCGUGAAGGCGGCCGUAGUCUUGCCUGCACGUCUGCUUUCUUCGCCCGUGGGGGAUGCAGCGAGGAUCAUGACACGCUUGGCCACAGCAGUAUACGCUUAUAGCUAUGGAAAGGCGACCGACACAAGUGCUGGCGGCUUCUCACGGAACGCGCAUGGUUUUAUCUCAAGAGGGCUCGCCGUUGUGAAGCAAUACCGUAAGGCGAACGGAGCGUUCGGGUUCGAUGGGUCGGGACCACCCAGCGUUUGGGCCACGUCAUUUGUCUUGAGAAGCCUAUGCGAAGCAAAGAAGUGGAUUGACGUUGAUGACGUCGUCUUAAAAACAGGGCUGUCAUACUUAAUUGGAAACCAAAUGCGAAAUGGCGGUUUUCAGGAUGUCACAGGCGUAGGCAGUCAGUGGUCAAUGGUGGGUGGAGUAACUGGACCAGCUGAACUUUCUGCAUACACUGUGUUAACAAUAGCUGAAUGCUUCAAGGGUGGCGUUCAGGUUCCCAUACCAAACACAUUCUGGCCACGGUCGUCAGCUUACCUUGAACGGUACUUGCUGCCGUCAUCACACUAUGGUCUUGCCAUUGGUGCCUACGCACUUUCAAUAAGCAACAGCAGUUCGAAGUCUCGACAUCUUAACCGCAUGAAGAGCGUUGUGGUACAUCGUACAGAUGAAAAUAUAAGACACAUACGUGCUGCCACUAACGGGUUGAUAAAUGAAGCUACGGCGUAUGCUAUGCUGGCGUUUAUCAACGAACAAGAGGACCCAAGCUACAUCAGUGGGUUUACAAGGCGUCUGAAUAAGCACCUCAAACUAGGAGUAGCCUUCUCGACAACGCAGGAAACAGUUGUGGGCAUGCAAGCACUCGCAUACUAUGCCGCUUACACCAAGUGGAAUAAGGUGGACCUUACAAUUGACGUCACUUUGCUGGGCAACCCAGAUUUCAAAGAGACGAUAUCGGUGCAGCAAGACACUAGCCACAUCCUCAAAAAUCUUGAAAUUCCGAACCCAGGGAGCGCUGUUUAUAUGAACAUACGAGGCGUCGGAAUUGCGAUGGCCAACAUUACGUACACUUUCAACAAAGACGAGGACAAGGAAUGUCUGGUUCAAAUAAAGACACAUGUUCGAGAAUGGCAAGAAGGAAAGCGUCGAACUCCUAAGAAACGUCCCACAGGGACAGGUAGGUCUCAACCCUACAUGACGGAAGUGUGUCUCAGAGCUUUGGGUACCCGAGAAAUUGAGCAACUAGCUGUCGAAGUUGGGCUUUUUACAGGAUUCGAGCCAGACAUCGAACACCUGGAAGAGGCGAAGAAGAAUGGCAGCUUUGUGGACUUCGAAAAAAGGCCGCGCAGCAUUCAUUUCAAGUUAUCUUCGAUUACCCACAACAAGGACGUUUGCCUUUACUUGAUCGUGAGAGAUGUUAUGAAAGCUGGAAAUAUUCAAGCUAGUUACAUCCAUGUACACUCAAAGAACAAUCCAGACGUGGACUGCACGAAGUUCUAUGGCAAAGAAAAGGGAGCUCCAUUUGUAAAGAUGCUCUGUGACGAAGAUCAAGUUUGCAAAUGCGCAGAAGGUGGGUGCCCGCCGACAAAGUAUCUCAAACUGCUCUCUAAUGACACAGAGUUGAAUGAGUUUAUGUGCGAGAAGGUGGAUUUCGCAUGGAGAGGAAUUCUACGAGAAAAAUGGGACUUCGAUGGGUUUAUUUAUGCCAAAUUCGACGUGAAUAAAACCAUAAAGCAAGGUUCAGAAACCAAGGAAGGCACAGGAGGUAACGUUCGUACCGUCAGGAUGCUGGACCGAUGCACGGAUACAAGUAUCUCUGUGAACGACGAAUAUAUAUUCCUGGGGAAAGAAUCUCACAUACAGGAAAAUGACAGCUACGCUUAUGUCAUUGAUGCCACCUCAAUAUGGAUUUCUGUGUCUGAGAUAAUGAAGAAGGUCGUGGAGAGGAAGAGGAAGAGAGCAAGACAGCCAAGCCCAGAGGAGGCAAUGAUGAAGCGGAUAACAGAGUUUGCUGCAGCAAAUAAGUGCACGUCGUAAACGUGUGAGCAUUUCCUUUCCUAACCUGUUUUAACCGGUUGGAGAUAAUGGUCCCAACAGUAAUCAGUUUGCAUUGCAUCAUGUGAAAGAUGUAUCAAAUAAAGUGGUCCAUGGCGUUGUGGGCCGUGAUGUGC